GGAGGAGUCGGAGUCUUGAAGGACAAAUAAACAGAUAUUUUUCCUGAAACGAAAACAGAAGUUGGAGAGGGAGAGAUGGCAGGUGCAGGGCGAGCGGAAAGCAGGAACAGAAGGGAAAGGGAUGAAUCGGCAGUGACUCGGGCAGUCAACUCCGUCUUCCGAUUCGUCAGACUUGCCGAGUUUGAGAUCCUCUUCGUCCUUUUCUUCCUCAUCGCUUUUCUCAUCUUCAAAGAUCUGACCUCAAGGCCAGAGUACAAUCAGAUCCUCGUGAAGAAGCCGGGUGCAAGUUUUUGGCCUUAUUAGUUGGAGAUUACUGGGGUUCAGUAUUUUUCAGUAUAUCGUUGUCAAUUCGAUCAUGGACCUUAAACUUUCUUGUGAGCUGUUACUCUUGUAAGAAGUCCCGGUGUUCAUGUGUUUUUACUUCUAAUCGUGUCUAUAUGUGAUUAUACAUCGAUCAAAUUAGCUUUUGAAUAUUGAUGAUAGUAUGUAGUUUGUGAGAUUCAAAGGCAACAAUAUCAGUUUCCCAAAUGUUUUAGAUUCUCUU